AUCUCAAUCGAGAUUCAGCAGUUGUUGGGAAAGCAUCACCGCUGCAAGUUGCCUCGGUCAUGUUAACCGAAAUUCCAUCAAAGUUUUAAGUGCAUUUUGUAAAAAAAAACAGUGGUCAGGUUGUUCCAAGGUUGUGUAAAAGUAACAUUUGUUGUGAAUAAUUCAGAGUACAAGUGAAACGAAGUAAAUACUUAUAAAAUUGAAGAUCUCAGUAGCUUACCUAUACCGAAAAAAUCAUCCAUGCUUCUCUCUCAGUGCAAAUUAUUUGAAUGGAUGAAUAUUCUUCAUUCGUCUCGUGUUUGACAAUUUAAAUUGAUCCGUAAAUUUCUGCACAGACUGACUUAACAAGUGGUUAUUAUAGUUGUUUAAAUCUGACAUGUGUUGCUAAACCUGUCACUUGUCUCAUUUUGAUGCGCUACUCCUUUGAUUUAGCAUUUGACAACUCGUUUGUAUCAAAUUGCACCUGAUUCUCGUGUUGUUUUGCGAGAAACGUAAUACUUAAGAUGUGAUUAAAGCUCAAAGAAGGCGAGGCAACCAGAGCAGUGAGACGAUUGCCGAUGGACAUAAUAAACUUGAACCAGAUUUCACCUUAUUCUUAUGGAUAAGGGCUUCACGGCAGCUCCUUCUGCUGAUAACAGUGCGGUUGUUGUGUGAAUUCAAAAUGUGACAAAGACCAGCAUGGUAAUUAAAACAAUGCAUCACAAAGCAGUGCAAAGAAGAAUGCCUUCUCCACACCAACAUCAUAAUCUCAUUUUCAUCCUCAGUUUAAUCAACAUUUUGCACACUUCACUCGCCUCCCAUUGGAUAAACUUGAACCUGUGGCAUGACGAGCUGUCCACAUGGGAUCCAGAGCAAUCAAUUUCUAACAAUGUGACCCCAAUUGCAAGUCCAGGAGGCAAACUACUAACAACAGCAACGAGUGGUCUACCCGGUUGUCACGAGCUGGACGGUCUCACUGACGGCCAACUUAAGCUCUGUCUCCUCUUCACAGAUCACAUGCGGUCGGUUGUGGCUGGAGCAAAGUUAGGUUUGUCAGAAUGUCGCUGGCAAUUUCGACAUCAUCAUUGGAACUGCAGUGUGCUUCCAAUACAGAAAAAAACAACUUUGUCUGAUGACAAGAGGGCAACGACGACAACGACGGCGAGCACGAUCAUAACCCCACAAUCUAGAAUUCUUCGUGAAAGCAAAAAUGGCAACUUUAACCCUUCCACGAGGAAGAGAAAGACAAGAAAUUUUCAGAACGGGACAGAAAACUUGAAUCUUGGGAGAGACUUUUAUUCUUCGGACCCAUUGCCCACAACCACAAAGUCAAAGAAAAAGAAUCGCAAAAAUCAUUCAAUUUCUAACGACAUGGAAGAUCCGAGUACAAAUAAUAAUUUUGUGAUGGGCGGAAUGACAAAAUCACCAACAGGAAAAAGAGGGCAGCAGAUAAGUCUGGAAACUCAACCAGCUUCGCAUAGUCAUCAUCAUCACGACAAAGAGGAAAAGGCACAAAAUUGGAAUUCCAUCUUGACACGAGGCACCAAGGAGGUAGCCUUCGCCCAAGCCGUGUGGAGUGCAGCCGUGACGGAAGCCGUGGCCAGAUCAUGUCGAGAAGGUUCAAUAUCUUCGUGUGGUUGUGGCAAGACACCAAGACCAGCCGACCUUAAGGAUGAAUGGCGUUGGGGUGGUUGUGGAGAUAAUCUUCAAUAUGGAUACAAGUUCGCACAAAAUUUUGUGGACAUUCGAGAACAAGAAAAUCCUACAGUGGACAAAAAGGGGAAAACACGGUCAUUGGUUAAUCUUCACAACAAUGAGGCCGGCCGGCGAGCUGUACUAAAGAAAACGAAAAUUGCUUGCAAAUGUCACGGCGUGAGUGGAAGUUGUGCACUGAUAACAUGUUGGCAUCAAAUUCCGACGUUCAGAGAAAUAGGAGACUACUUAAAAGUUCAGUACGAAAAGGCAACACAGGUCAAGCUGAACAGACGAGGAAGAUUGCAAGUUAAGAAGAACGGAGUGCCAGUUCCUUCCGUGGUCGAUUUAGUGUAUACGGACUUAUCUCCCAAUUAUUGCUUUCAAAAUGAGACACUUGGCAUUUAUGGCACGUCUGGAAGAAUCUGCAAUAAAACGGUGUCGUCCCCAAACAGUUGCAAAAAUCUUUGCUGCAAUCGAGGACAUACUUCAGUAGUUGCAAAGUCAGGACACCGAUGCAACUGCAAAUUUAUGUGGUGUUGUCAAGUUGUUUGUGAAGAGUGCCGUAGUGUUCAGAAAUACGAUGUUUGUAAAUAAACUUUUUUGUACCAGUCGUUGUUCACUCUCA